CUCCCUCUGCACAUUAAGGCGGCCACUGAGCCUUGUCGGUACUGUGGGCAAGAAGGUUCGCCUUGCACUUGGCUGCGUGAUUGGCUGAUUCUGAAUUCUGUUAUUCAAGGCUUCCGACGUUGAGAAGUGGGGAUUACUUCAUGCUCCGAGGUUAUUCAGGGAAAUAGAUGCUUCGAGUCAGUUGCCUAGAAUGUUAGGACAGUGAAGAAUACUAGCAUCUCGAAUUUGAAUUUUGCACGUAGAGGAGAAUGGCCGACUCACUCGAAGACAUGCUGCUUGAAGCAGCUGGUCGUUCGAAAGGUGGCCAUGGGGAUUUUCGACGUCGGGUCCUCGAUCAACCUCCAAAGAGUCGACGACUUCUGCCAAACACCAGUGGGAAAUCAGAUAAGGACUUCGAUGAUGUUGAUCAGAGAGGGAGACGCAGUACCAAGCCCCACGGGUCCACAAUGCCAGUCAAGAAGUGGUUCGAUUUUUGGGCGAGGACGGGACGAGAUGCAUAUGAUAGUGACACAUGUCUCGGCAGUGAUCUAUACGAAGAUGACGAAGACAGAGCUCGCCUGGCUGAAAUCGAUGAACUGGAUCGGGAAAUGAUUCUGUAUGAACGAGCUGAGGCUAGGGACAGCAUUCUCGCGAGAAAAGAUGCUCGUGCUCAUCUCAGACAAGUGGGAAAUACAGCCUCGAAUUCAAGGGAGGGAGACCUGGGCCCGCCGUCUUCUCGAAUUCGAUCUUCCUCGAGGGAGUGUAGAGACACUUCAAAAACAUCUAAGUUCAAUGCGCUGCGCGAGCUCGUGCAAAGGAGACUGCAAGCUCAUGACUGCAAGCUCCGAAAGAGAUAUCGAGAAGUUCCUGAGGUACAAGGAUGCUCUUCGAUGAGACAGACCCGGAAUAGAAGCUACUUAGACUCGAACUUCAUCGAUGAUGACAGCGACAGUAGCACGGACGAUGACGAUGACGACCAGAGAAUUGUGGGCUCGGACCACAACGACGACGUCGUUCGGAAAAGCGAACCAGAUGCCGACUGGCAGGACAUAAAGAGCAUCACCGUUCAACGCUCGAGACUGUACAAGUGGUUCAUGGAGCCCUUUUUCGAAGAUGUCAUCGUCGGAUGCUUCGUACGAAUAGGAAUCGGUGUUUCGAGAUCGGGUCAAAGAUUCUACCGACUUUGCUCGGUGAAGAACGUGGAUGCGACAGCAAUUGAGAAGCGGUACAUGUUUGAGAACCAAACUACCCACAAGUAUUUGAAUCUGGUUUGGGGCGACGAGAGGACCGCCGCUCGUUGGCAGAUGGCGAGAGCUUCUGAUCAGCCACCAACCCAAAGAGAAGUUUUGGAACUCCUUCGGGAGAUCGAUCGGUGCGGUGGUAAGAAGCCCUCCAAGGCUGACGUCCGAGAGAAGAAAGAGGCUCUUGCAAAGAUUAGCUCGUUCGUCUACUCGCCUGCUUGUGUGAAGCAGAUGAUUCAGGAGAAGCGAAGCUCAAAGGCCCGUCCUUCGAAUUUUGCUCUCGAGAAAAUUCGUAUAGUAGGGGAAUUAGCUGCAGCGGAGAGCGAGGGGAAUGAUGGCGAGAUAAAUAGACUGCAGGCAAGGCUGCGGGAGCUGGAGGAGUUGUCAACGGAGAUAAACACUAGAUAUACCAAGGCCUUAGCCUUGGAAGAAAUGAAUCGGAAGAACAAAAUCGAAAAUCUCAAGAAUGCAUACGAGUUGAGACCUGUUAAUGGGCAUGCCAAGCCCGGAAAAGAAGGAUAUGAUUCCUUCUCUCGGCGAUUCAUGCGCUCAAAAAACUAUUACAGGAAAGAUGGUCCCAAGGACGAAUCCAUAGCUGAUGGAGCUGAGGACGCUGCAGGAGAGUUUAGGCCUGACGCUACCUUCCUAAAAGUGCCUGGAUUGUCCAAGGGAGCGCGUUCUGGUGUCGCCGAACCUACACUGCAUGAACUCCACAACUUUGACCUCAAAGUUUCUCUUGCUCCUCUCCAGCAGCCAGCGCCUCGUGCAUAUAUGGCCCGGAAGCAGAAGCUCGAGGCUGCUUACAGUGUGCCCAAAGACAACAGUGAUGAUGGUGAACAGCACCCUUGGAUGAUGACAGUGAACGACUACUACCGUAGGAGAGGCUGCUUAUGAGAUCUCGCUCGGAGCUAAAGCAUGGAGACCUGUUGCUAAAACCCGGGUCAUAGUUGAAACAUCCAUUGGAACCCAGAGCUAUCGCUCUUAUAACAUGUCUGCAUGCUUAAUGCAGACAUGAGUACCAGAUAUGAGUAGCAUGAAAUGCAGACAUGAGUAGCAAAUUCAUGACAUUGGUACGAAGUAAUAGCGAAUGUCACUAGUAUCCACUAGUGACAUUCACUCUAUGGGAGUAAGACUAUGUUUAAACUCUCACAGUCAAAUCCAGAACGUGAUACAAACCAAGAAGAUGUCCUAUGGACAAGGUUUGAUGUACACGCUUGACAUCAUAUGAAGUCUGUCACUGAAUGUAAACGAAAAACUCCAAACUAUGGAGAUAUAGAAAAGCAGGCAACAUUGUUUUCAAUUUCCUAAGACAAAUUACAUGAUCUAUUGAUAAAUAUACUGAUAUUUCUACAUAAAUAUAUGAAGAAAUAAAAAUGAAGAAGCGAGAGGC